AUGAAAUUAUAUGCCCUUUCUUUGGCCCUUGUGUCGUCCAUACCACUAGUAUUCGCCUCGUCCCUGAGUUCGAAGGCUUCCUGUAACCUAUACACGAAUUCGACGAGCUCAAACAAUACUUACGAUUAUAUUGUUACAGGCUCCGGUCCCGGUGGCGGAACAAUCGCUGUAAACCUCGCUCGUGCUGGCCAUUCCGUCCUCCUGAUCGAAGCCGGAUCCAACGCCGUUUCCGACAUCCGCACACAGGUCCUUUCCCUGAACGAUUUUGCCAACACAAAUGUGUCUUGGCAUUUCUUCGUGAAGCAUAGUGAUGAUGAAGAAAGAACGAAGAGAUACAACCUUGGGGAGCUGAUCCGCAAAUACUUUGAGCAAAUUGAGCACAACAAUUACCUUGAACCUGGCACUCCGGGCCAUGGUUUCACUGGCUGGUUGCAGGUCAACAUUGCUGAUCGUGCUACCCAGGCCGCUUCCAUUCUCCGAUUCAAGGUAUUCGAGGCGGCUUUGAAGGUUAUUGGGAAGGAUCCUAGCAAGGUUCUGGAUUAUCUUACCGCAGAUCCGAACUAUCUGGAUACAAAGCGCGACGUAACAGAGGGGCUAUGGGCUCUCCCCUAUCAUGUAACAACAAAGUGGAAGCGUUUCAGUCCGCGUGAUCGGAUACUCGAGAUGCUGAACGAGACCAAAGCAGAUAGAACACAGAAGUACCCGUUACAUCUCCAGGCUGAGUCAUUGGCUACAAAAGUGCUAUUCGAUAGUUGCGGUGGUAACGUUGGGAAGCCGAAAGCAAUUGGCGUCGAGUAUCUGCAAGGCAAAUCAGUAUACAAGGCAGAUCCGCGCCAAAGCUCCUCAACCAUAGGUACCCUACACCAAGCCUUCGCACGAAAAGAAGUCAUCGUCUCAGGUGGUACUUUCAACUCGCCUCAAAUACUCCAACUCUCUGGUAUCGGACCUAAAGCCCUCCUCGAGAAGUACAACAUUCCCAUAGUAGCCGACUCUCCGGGUGUAGGCCGCAAUCUUCAAGACAACUACGAAAUACCCGUCUACGGCAGCGCCCAAGUAAACUUCACCGCGCCAGUCGACCCCAACGAACCGACAUGCACAUUUGGUGCGCCUGGUGAUCCAUGUCUUGAGCUUUGGUACAAAGGCGAAGGACCAUAUUCUCGCGGCGCUAGCAACUCGAAUGCCUUCCUUAUCAAGACGCCAAACGCAGUUGAAGGCGAAAGAGACGUCCUCCUGUUCGGCGGAACCGGCUAUUCAUUCACAGGCUUCGCACCAAACACAAAGCAGAACCAAACAACAUUUUCCCCGGCCACCUUCUCCUGGUCAACAGUAAAAAUGCACCCCCAGAAUACUGCUGGUUACGUAGAGAUACAAUCAGCCGAUCCCCGGGAUACACCUGAGAUAAACCUGAACUACUUUGCUACGGGAGGAGAUACGGAUAUGCAGGCUAUUCUCGACACCGUUGCCUUUACUCUGAUCCUUUAG